UUCAAUAUUCUGUGUUCUCGACUGAUUUUCAUGAAUUUACGAUCUAAAAAUACGGAAAGUUAAACUGUUAUUAAAUUGUGCAUCACUCAUUUUGCUUAAAUAAAGGGCAUUGUAGAUAAUAAUUGAAUGUUCCACGAAUUUGAUUUGUGUAAUAAUCUUAUUUUUCAAACUUGUUGCUUGCAAUCUACAAAUAUUGCAUUCAUGACUAUGAUGAAGAAUUGAAUUUGUUUACUGUUUGGACAGCUCAACCCUUCUUUACAUUUCACCAUGUUUUCAAAUUUAAAUAAGAGUACCUUUGGUACAUCUGCUCCUAGUACUUCAUUUGGCCUUGGAGCUUCAACGUCAAAUACUACUAGUCCUUGGGGUAGUACAGGGAAUAAUCAACUUUUUGGUAAACCAGCUACACCAGCUUUUGGUCAGCCAGCGUCUACUUCAUUUGGUCAACCCUCUACGUCUUCCAAUUCAAUGUUCCCCUUUUUCUCUCAGUCAAAUACUUCAGGUUUUGGAUCUGGCACUUCUAAUCAGUCAACUUUCGGGUCAAAUGUGUUUGGCCAACAACCUGCCACCACCAACUUAUUUGGUUCCAACACCUUUGGACAGCAAAAACCCACUGGUUUUGGGUUUGGCACUCAGAAUCAACAACAGCCGAAUCUUUUUGGACAAUCUGCCCAGCCUCAAAGUUCUCUUUUCCAAACAUCAGGCACCUCCAACCUCUUCAGUGGAGGUGGUGCCUUUGGUUCUACCUCAACCACCAUGGGUACAGGUACCACUAUUAAGUUCACUCCAGUAACUGGCACUGAUACCAUGCAAAAGGGUGGUGUCACCACUAGUAUUAAUACUAAACAUCAUUGUAUUACUUGUAUGAAAGAAUACGAAAACAAAUCUUUCGAAGAACUCAGACUGGAGGAUUAUCAGGCUAACAGAAAAGGUCCCCAGUCACAAUUCACCUCUACUCCAUUUGGAGGCACCUCGUCAAUGUUUGGUCAGACAACUGAAAACAAACCAGCAUUCGCUCAGCCUACUGGUUUUGGGCAAAUAGGUGGUGGAACUACCUUUGGUCAGCAAACAACUGGUUUUGGUUUGAAUACUCAGCCAUCAACAUCUAAUAGCAUAUUUGGAAAACCCCCAGCUUUUGGUGCUACCAGCUCUACCACCACAACCUUUGGAGGAUUCAAUACUCCUGCCACUACUAGUGCAUUUGGAACAAAUCAGAAUAAAACCUUUGGUGGCACUGGCACAACCUCAUUAUUUGGUACCACCCAGACACAACAGCAAUCUACACCAUUUGGGAGCAAUAUGUUUGGGCAAAAUAAUCAGAAUACUACUGGGAGCUUCUUCAAUAAACCUGCACUUACGACAGGUGGCUCUUCUGGGGGAUUUACUUUUAACCAGACCCCUGCCACUACUCCAAGUAAUCUAUUUCAGCUAUCGAAACCUGUGUUCGGAGGUUUAGGUCAAACAAGUACAGCCAGCACUUUUGGACAAACACCAGCAUUUGGUCAGAACACCCAGCAAAACAAUUUUGGAAGUAAUACAUUUGGAAAGCCUUUAACUUUUGGGCAGAAUCAGAAUACAUUUCAGCUAGGAGGACAACCGAAUUUAUUUGCUAAUAAUCAGCAAAAAUCAGGGUCUCUUUUAGGUAGCGGUGGAGGACUUUUUGGCAAUAACAUUUUCGGAUCUAAUACUUCCUCAAAUUUUCCUCUUCUACAAACAAGCACCCAAGCAGCUGGUCAAGGAUUAUCGACGGAUAGUAAUCAAGAGCCAAAAGCUUUACCUUUGUUUGCUACUAAUCAGUUCGGUCAUACACCUUUCUUGAAGGGUUUGUUACCUGUUGACAAGCCCUCUUCUCCUACAUUGUACACAACAAAUCCUAUAGAAAUAAAAAAGAUGCUCGAGAAUAAUAAAAAAGUAGAUGAAAACACAAGUAUUAAGGUCAAAUUGAAACUUGGACCACCUAAAACUCAAAAAAAUAACCUGUUUGAGGAAGGUACUGAUGAGGAUAGUAAUAAGCUUUACAAGACAUCUUGUAAACGUUUAGUGUUAAAGAAAAAACAAGACGACUCUAAACACAGCAUUUUCGAGAACAAUUCUCUUUGUAAUGAUUUGUCUCUCAAAGAAUCAGACCUUUCACAAGGAAAUGAUGUUUCAAACCUGAAUGGGGUAAAUAAUAGCAAUUUAGAAGGUGAUAGAAGUUUCGUAUUGGGAUUGACUGAAAAACAGAAAACAGAAUUGAAAAAUAUUAAUGAUAAAUUUGCAUUAAGGAAGAAUUUUGAUUGGUCACUCAAUAUGAAUGGUUCUGUGAAUGAAUCUAUCAAUACCAUCUAUAGCAAUAAAAAUGAUGGUAGUAUGGGUGAUGUAUCCAAUGGAUUUGAAGUUCCUAGAAAGAAUACAUCUGACAUCGACCUAACUACCAAUGAAGCUGAAAAUGAAAACACAAGAAGUCCUCUUUCAUUGCGGAUUACGUCAGAAAUUUCACCUAAUGACACUCCACUUGACCAAGCAACAAAAAAAGUUGGUCCAUGUGGCAUAAUCUUAAAUAGAUCUGAAUAUUAUACUUUGCCUUCCAUUGAAGAUCUGGAUAAUAUGGUUGGUGAAGAUGGACGUUGUAUGAUUAGAGGUUUCACAAUAGGACGUCGGGGCUACGGAAAUGUCUAUUUCCCAGAUGAAAUAAAUGUAAUGAAUAUGAAUUUGGAUGAAAUAGUGCAUUUCAGAUACAAAGAAAUCCAUAUGUACCCUGAUGAAACCAAAAAGCCACCUGUGGGUGAAGGUUUAAAUAGACGUGCUCAAGUUACCCUAGAUAGGGUUUAUCCCAGAAUGAAAGAAACUAAAGAAAUUAUAGAUAAUGUUGACCAAGUUUUGGCAGCAAAAUUCCCUGAACAACUUGUUGAAAUAUCUGCUAAACAUGGUUUGAAAUUUGUGGAUUAUAGACCAGAAACUGGGUCCUGGGUUUUCAUGGUUGAACAUUUUUCUAAGUAUGCUUUCACAGAAAGUGAUGAAGAAGACUGUGAGUUGAUUGUUUCUAACCAAAAUAAAACACUCACUGCAAAGGAUAGAUUGAAUGUCUUCUCAGAGAAAAAAGGACUACAAUCAACUGAUAAAACUCAAAUGGAAACUGAUCUUGUGGGUGACAGUAUGAAUGGCGAUUUGGCCUCUGAAUAUACUGAUGAAGGAGAUCAAAGACAAGGUGAUCUUCUACACAAAUCGAUGACUAUAGACAUGGAGGGGCAAGAAGAAGACUUUCUCAAUCCGAUUUAUGAACCAAGCGAUACAGAUAUUUUCUAUCAUAAUUCCCACAUUCAGGUGCUGAAAGCUGCAUUUUUUUCAGAAUCUGAAUGUGCCUCUACUAUUUCAUCAGUUGAUAAUUACUCUCCAUACAAAACUGAUAUUUUGGAAGUUAAGGCAAAGCCACUUCACCGUAAACCACCUCAAAGACCUAAAGUUUGGAAAAUUUAUUUGAGCAUAGCAUCUCGUCCUAAUGAUUCUGUACUUCUGAAUGCAAGCAGAUGCUAUAGUGAUUUUGGUUUGUACAAAGGAAAAUCUUACAAAGUUGGUUGGUGUAAUGGUUUCAAAAAUUAUACUGUAAAAUUACCGAGACCUUCAGAAUUCGAAGCAUCUUUGUCAUUAACAUUAAAUACCAUUUCAACAACUUCAAUUGAUGAGAGUCUUAUGGAUGCCAUUACAGAUUGCAUGAAAAUUGCUCAAAACUGCAGCAGUAUGACUAUGGAAGGGGAAGAAGGAAUUCCAACAUUCCAAAUUAUCAAAGAUAGAACUUAUUUAAUAUCAUGCCAUGAAAUAUUUCAGAAGGCAUCUAAUGCUAGUGGGAAAUCCCAUUUUUUAUAUAAAGAUGUUUGGUCAUUGUGCCAUGCCUUAUGGGGUCCUGGAAGAACAACUGCUCCUUUUGUUAAAAGUAGAUUGAGCUCAUGGCUUCAAACCUCAAUUGAAGAUAAAGUGCCUAAGAAUAAAUUGAACCAAGACAACACUACAGAAAAUAAGUUAGAUAUCAUAUUCAACCAGCUGUCCUGCUUUGAUAUUGUGGAAGCUUCAAAAAUUGCAAUGGAAGCAGAUAUGCCUAUUCUUGCUUUGAUAAUUUCUCAAAUAAAUCUGACAAAGAGACUCAAGGCCCAAAUAAGACACCAGGUCCAAUGUUGGUACAAGGAUAUGUUUGUUGAUCAUAUUAACCCCGAAAUAAUGAAGAUAUAUUUGUUACUAUCUGGUGAUACCUCAAGUCAGGAUAUAGAUAUUUUCGAAGGAUUGGAAUGGAAAAGAGCUUUUGGGUUAUAUCUAUGGUACUUAACCAGUGAUGGAUGUCCAUUGCAAGAAGCUAUUGCUGCAUAUACAAAUGGUUUCUCCAAAGGAAAUGGUGCAGUUGAACCAAAGCCAUCAUAUAAUUGUGGGGAAGAUAAUAUAUGUUAUGACAUACUCUAUCAUAUACUUCUGCUUUAUAAAAACAACACUUACAGAUUAGUGAAAGCUCUACAUCCUGAAACUCAUACCCCAGUUAAAACAGAUUUUAGACUUUCGUGGUUGUUGAUGCUGUUUUUCCAAUCAAUAAAUGUGGGCCUUAUUGACGAUUUUGAAGUAACUCAUUUACACAUAAGUUUUUCAUCACAACUAGAAGAAAAUGGUUUGUGGGACUUUGCAAUUUUACCAUUGCUAUAUCUCAAGAAUAACUCAUUGAAGAAAAAUUUAAUUAUGGGCAUCUUAAACAGAAAUUUAUCUAUAGAUAAUGAUGCAGAAAUUGAAAAGAAAUUGGUAGAACAUUUACAUGUUCCAGCUGUGUGGAUUGAUAAUGUAAAAUCUUGGAAGAGUAAUUCCAGUGUUGUGAGCAGAUAACUUUAUAAUUACCCUAAUUGUUGAUAAUCAAGAUAAUAAUUUUUUUUGCCUUUUAUGUAAAUGUAACUAUUAAAGUUUACUUAAUAAAAUUAUGUAAUUUU